AGCGUUGAUUGUGGGAUUGUGACACAUGGCUGAUAUUUUGUCGCUCGUUUUUCGGACGUUUAUGUCACAAUCCGAUUUAAAGAAGGACGUCAAAGUUAUUACUCCGUCACCAACGACCUGCAGCACCCUGGUGGUCGGAGACCACAGCCUCAGCCGCUCCGUGCUGCUUUUGGCUUCCGUCACAGCUGCCGCGGAGAUGGGCAUAAAAGUGAUGUUCUUUACCCAGACUCAGAUCCAGAGCCUUCCACCGUCUCUGCAGAGAUGUGUUCCCAACCUGAGCCCAGAAAGUCUAAAGAAAAUCAAGUUUUCCUAUCCCAGGACAGUGGAGGAACUCCUCCAGCAGGUGGCUAGCCUUCAUGAGCCUACCAACACGUCCCCUACACCUCCUUCACUCAUCAUAGUCGACAGACUCGAGAGCUUCCUGUCUGGUCCUGGGGGCAGCAGCCAAAGUGGAUUUCACCCUGGGGAGAGGUCUUGCGCUGCGCACAUUGCUGCGCUGCUGUGUGACACUGCUGCCUUUCUCACGCAAGUCCUGGAACAGCGGGGUUCAAGUUCAGCCCCCUGCCGCAUUAUUGCCUCUUUCUUGUCGGAGGUGAACGCUGGUGGGGAUCCAUCUGGAACAGAUCCUAUCCUUGAUGUACUUGACCGCUAUUUCCAGGUACGCUGUACUCUGGACCAGGACAGCGGCUAUGAAGCUACAGCAGCUGCUGUACAGGAAGUGUGGCACAUUUACCUUUCUGGGAGAGGAAUCACAGACCCUUCUUUUACUGAAGACUAUAACGACAGGCCAGGUGUAGCCCAAGAGUGGAAGCUCUUCAUUUUUCCUGAUGGUUUAAUGGAGUUUAAGUUGGUCUGAGAGAAACUUUGUGUAGAGACGGUAGUCACAGCUACAUUACAGUGUCACAGGAUUAUCAAAAAAUGGGGGGAAAAAGCUCUUCCUUUCAGAUAUCAGGUAAAAGGACCAUAACAGCUGUAACAGUACAAUAUUUAAUGAGUUUGAAUUUUAAAUGACAUGAAGGUUAAUCAAAAACAUUAACAGUCUUUACAAAGACGUUUAAGGAAUGUGAAUGUCUUAAACUAAACAGUGGUUUUCCAACAUUUUUGGCUGAGAGUGCCUUAAUAACAAGCCAAAAUGACACAGAGCAAAAAGUCUCUAAAACACAUUGUAAAUUCCAAUAAACACACAGUGUAAUGCU